AUGGGUGACUUUAUCGACAGCAAGCUCGAUUUGAGCACUAUAAAACCUUCAUUCUCGACCUCAUCCGAACCUGAGAGUCCUCGAUCCAAGUCUCUUAUCGAAGCACUUUCACUAGAGCUUCACAUCGAAGGCGGCUACUUCCGCCAGACGGAUGCAGACCCUACGACAAUUCCCUCAACCUACUCAUCCAAACCUCUUUCAGAUCAAACACUUGCUCUUACUGGGGGUACUCGCGAGGGAUACAGUACCAAUACACGACGUCUCUCAACCACGAUAUUCUACCUUCUCACACCACGUCAAUCGAAGGGGAACUUUCAUCGCAACCGCAGCCGAGUCAUUCACACUCUGCAUCGUGGAAGGGGUCGUUACGUUCUCCUCCACCCUGACGGUCGCAUCGAAUCAUUUGUUGUCGGGAACGCAGUUGAGCGAGGUGAGCGCUUGCAAUGGAUUGUCGAGGGUGACGUCUGGAAGGCAAGCUAUCUGCUACCCAGCGAAUCGAACCCAAGUCAUGAAACGGAUGGAACAGAGACCGAUGGUCUUCUAAUAUCAGAAACGGUGGUCCCCGGCUUUGAGUACGAAGACCACGCAUUUCUAACCCACCAAGGUAUCAAGGAGUUGUUAAAGGAGGAGCAAGUCCGCGAACUCGAGUGGCUUGUGAGAAAAUCCGAGUAAAAUCAGCAGUGGACUGGCUACCACAUCUUGCCGACGGAUUACCUAGGGAACGGCGAACAGUUACUGUCUUGGCCACUGAUGCUGCAAGCAGAGACCUGAGUUUAUUAAACAUGGCCAACAAGAUCAUACACAACAGCUAGGGUCGUCAAUUGGCUCCCAGCUGGCUUCCCGUAUAAAUGCGAACAUAGUAUAUUAUUCUAG